AUCCCGAUCCGACGGCCGGGGCCGCUUCAAGGGCGGUCAAAGCGGGCCGGGUCCCGGUCGGUCGCCCACCCGUCCCGCAGACCCAGGCAAGGCGAGGAACGAACUGAAGCAGAGGAGGAGCGACUGGAGCAGCCCGGCCGUCGGCCGCCGGCGAAGCUAGAAUAUCUGAAUAACCUCAGUAGCAUCCAUCGAGUGGUGUUCUUUGCCAAUAAGCAAGAUUCUUCAAGGUGAUGGUUGAAUCGCAACACUGCUGAUCUCCAUGUCUGUGGCUCCACACUUCAAUCUUGGACUUGUUCCCAGGGACAUGAAUGGUGGUAUUCCAGUUAGUUCUGCAAAUUCCUCUGGGCCAAGUAUUGGUGUUAGCUCUUUGGUGACCGAUGGCAACUCAUCACUCUCUGGAGGUGCCCAGUUUCAGCAUAGUACGAGCAUGAAUGCUGACUCAUUCAUGCGCCUUCCUUCCUCACCAAUGUCAUUUUCAUCCAAUAACAUAUCUGGCUCGUCCGUCAUUGAUGGGUCCACCAUGCAGCAAAGUCCACCCCAAGAGCAGAUGCAGAAACGGAGAUCAUCUAGUGCAACAUCACAACCUGGAAUUGAGGCUGAUGGUGCAUUUCAUGGUCAGAAGAAGCCAAGGGUUGAUAUUAGGCAAGAUGAUAUCCUGCAACAGCACUUGAUUCAGCAGCUGCUCCAAGGUCAGAGUUCUCUUCAUUUCCAGGGCCAACAUAACCCACAGCUUCAAGCAUUAAUCCGGCAGCAGAAACUGGCACAUAUUCAGCAGCUACAGCAGCAUCAGUUGUCGCAACAAUUUCCUCAGAUUCAGCAAUCUCAAGUUGGCAUACCUCGACAGCCGCAGUUGAGGCCGCCGCUAGCACAGCCUGGGAUGCAACUACCUGGGCCUGUUAGGACUCCUGUCGAGAGCGGGCUUUGUUCUCGAAGGUUAAUGCAGUAUUUGUAUCAUAAGCGUCAGCGUCCAGAGAAUAAUCCCAUAACAUACUGGAGGAAGCUUAUUGAUGAAUAUUUUGCACCACGAGCAAGAGAAAGAUGGUGUGUGUCAUCAUAUGAAAAAAGAGGGAAUUCUCCAAUUGCUAUUCCGACAGCUCAGGAUACAUGGCGUUGUGAUAUUUGUAAUACACAUACUGGGAAAGGAUAUGGUAAUCCUUCUCCAUGGCUGCUUCUGGAAGAUGAAUGCUGUUUUCUUAUGGGAUUAUUCUGUAAUAAUCACCAAAUUCAGUAUUCUUGUAGUUCGUGCGAAAACAAGGCUACCUACGAAAUACUUCCUAGACUCUGUCAAAUUCGAUUUGACCAUGGUGUUGUAGAUGAAUAUCUAUUCCUUGACGUGCCCAAUGAAUUCCGGUUGCCCAAUGGAUUACUUCUCCUGGAGCAUACCAAAGUUGUUCAGAAGAGCAUCUAUGAUCAUCUACAUGUUACGCACGAGGGGCAACUGAGAAUAAUAUUUACUCCGGAACUAAAGAUUAUGUCUUGGGAGUUCUGUUCACGACGGCAUGACGAGUAUAUCACUCGCAGGUUUCUAGCACCACAGGUUAAUCAUCUGCUGCAAAUUGCCCAGAAGUAUCAAGCUGCUGCCAAUGAAAGUGGGCCUGCUGGGGUAUCGACCAAUGAUGCACAAGCCAUUUGCAACAUGUUUGCGUCAGCAUCACAACAACUAGCGAAAAAUCUAGACCACCACAGCUUAAAUGAACAUGGGCUUUCUAAAAGAUACGUUCGGUGCUUGCAGAUAUCAGAGGUGGUGAAUAACAUGAAGGACUUGAUUGAUUUCAGCCACAAGAACAAGCUUGGCCCUAUAGAGAGCCUGAAGAACUAUCCCAGACAAAACGGGCCAAAGCUUACAAUGCAGAACAUGCAUGAGGCAAAGGGGGCCAACACAGAAAUUAGCACCCAUGGGAAUAACGAGGCCCCAGGUGUCGGAACCGUUAGUAGCAGUCUGCAGAAUGCCGUGGCACAAAAUAACUACCAGAGUAUGCUGAGAAGCUCAAGUGCAAACCAGGGUUUGCUUCAGCAGGAGGCGUCACAGAAUGCCGCAGCACUAAACAAUUACCAGAGUAUGCUUAGAAGCUCAAGCGCAAACCAGGGUUUGCUUCAGCAGGAGGCGUCCCAGAAUGCCGCAGCACUAAACAAUUACCAGAACAUGCUUAGAAGCUCAAGCGCAAACCAGCUUCAGCAGGAGGCAUCGCAGAACGCUGCGGCGCUGAACAAUUACCAGACCAUGCUCAGGAGCUCGAGCGCGAACCAGAGCUUGCUUCAGCACGAGGCAUCAAGUAUGUUUAAAGGUCCUACAGGAAUGCACAAUGGCGUUCAGCUGGAAGUGUCCAGAUCCUUCCGUGCGGGUCAGCUUGGGCAGUUCCAGCAGCAUCCCAUGUCGUUUCAGCAAGCCAUGCCCCAGCAUCAGCAGAACAGUUUCGGGGCUGGUGCGAGCACACAGUACCAGCAGCACCUUAUCCAGCAGCUGCUGCAAGAAGCCAAGAGUAGCAACAGCCGUGUAAUGGCGCAGCAGCAGCAGCAGCCUCCUAGCGUGUCGGGACCCGUGAUCACCAACAACCCUGCUAGUGGAGACCAGGCACAUCAGAUGAAUAACGGAGCCGUGAAGGGUGCCGCUCCAACGGGUACGACAGGGCCCAGCAAUCUGAUCAACAGUGGAGUCGGCAUCGUCCAACGAUGCAGCAGUUUCAAGUCAGUGAGCAGCAACCCGGCUGCCGGCGUGGCUGCUUCCGGCGGCAACCCAGCGAGUCCCAAGCCGGCGGAGUCCAUGCAUGAGGAGGACGAGCUCGACCAUCUCAUCAGCAGCGAACUCGCGGAGAGCGGGCUGUUCAUGGGGGAGCAGCAGGGUGGCGGCGCGUACUCGUGGAACAUGUGAUGGGAGGGACCGUGAAAUCUCUCAACCUAAAGUUUCUCUCUACUCCCUGAGUCGUGCUUGAUGUAAAAUCGCCGCAAGUUAUUCGGAGUUUUUCUUCUUUUCUUUUGAGCUUUCGUGCUGCGCUGACUGGAACAGUUUCUGAUGAUCAUGCACUGAUUGAACCUUCAGUUGUGUGAGUGUGAGGGAUCUGGCUGGGAAAGUUGUUGAGAGUAGUACACUGCAACCCAGUGUUAUCAAGUAAGGAAUGCCAUGCUCUGUGUUGUUGUCA